AUGCGCUGGAUUGACGUGUAUUCCCGCUCCGUUAAGCCGGGCUGGGCUUCAUCGGGCCAGGAACGCACAGUCAGGAAGGCAUUCCUGGCUAGAGAAUCAUGUGGAAUGUCCAACAAGAUGGAAGCGUCAUGUUUUUCAACAACUACUCCGACCAAAUUAUUUCAGACUUUCCAGCCCAACACCCGUGCCGUCAUCGCCUUCCUUCCAUACGGAGUUCUUUUCACCGCCAUUUUCCAAUCCAUCGACCGAUUAUUUCAAAUCGCAGGAGUUAAUCUUGAACUCGAUCACUCACCAAUUUAUAAAAUUCUAAAAUUCCUUGGAAAUGUUGGCAUCACGCUUCGAUACGGCUACUCCAUCUGUCUUUUAUCAGAACGAGUAAUCGCAACCGUAAAGGUCGAUUACUACGAAUCAUAUUGUUCGAAGCCACCGUUUGUUGCGGUCAUUAUUCUGGGAAUCUACACUAUUAUUGGUAUCACAGCAAAUGUAAUCUAUGUACAUCGUAAGUGCCACAUUUUUUCUAACAGAUUUUAAAUGCAACAUCAGUCUGUUGGGAAUUUAAUGAGGAAUUGCCGUGCCUUGGAGUCGCCUAUAAUGAUAGCAACUGCAUGGAUUUCUCGACAUUUUGCUGAAUCCUUAUUAUUUCCCCGACAAAUUGAGAUUUUGGAAGAUGAAAUAAUCGUAAAUGCAUUUCAGCCGAGAUUUUUACUCAAUUCGCUGGAGUUUACUAUGGAUUAACCGUAACGGCAACUUCCAUUGCUGUUUAUUUGAUCCUACCACGAUGGUCACUGCGAGUUUACAAUCGCCAUUUACGGAUGAUUCGACAAGUUCAUCCCCAAUUCUCCAGAGUAAAUGUGGCCCCGUCACUUUCGCAGCGAUAUCAGAGCAAGGAGAACUUGCGAAUCAGCAGGUUCCUUAAACGACUUUCGUUGAUGGAAUGGGUGUUUGGAACGAUGACCGUAUUCUCUCACAUGGUCGCCAAGUUGGAUACGGGCGGAGCGUUUCGGCACUAUAUUUACAUUGCCGGUGCAUAUUACUUCUCCAUGACAACAGUAAGCCUGACAUCAGAUAUUUUUAACGUCUAAAACAAAAUCAGUCAAAGAAAUACAUAUUAUACAACUAGAAAACUGUUCAAAAAUUAUUAAUCUACCUUUCCAGACCUUGAUCUCAAUUCAGUUCAUCCAGCAACGAGUAAAAACACUUCGAUCAGAGCCCUCCACAGCAUUAGCAAAUUUGAACCCAGAGGCCAAGGUGAAUCCAGAGAGAGCGAACGAUAUGUACUUUGAUAUCUACGCCAAACAGUGGUGA